GUCUGCUCCAGCUCCUACCCAAGGUCCCACCAGUGCUGGCUCUGCAGGGCCACCUCCUGCUACCAAUGUGUCAAGCAACAAACGGCUGCAGCAGACACAAGCCCGGGUGGAUGAGGUGGUAGACAUCAUGAGAAUGAACGUGGACAAGGUGCUAGAAAGAGACCAGAAGCUAUCGGAGCUUGACAACCGGGCAGAUGCAUUGCAAGCAGGUGCCUCACAGUUUGAAACCAGUGCAGCCAAACUGAAGCGAAAAUACUGGUGGAAAAACUGCAAGGAUGAUAAAACUACCAAAAAAUUACUUGGUUCCACAAACCGCUAUGAGAG